ACCCACCCCACCAACUCCCGGCCGGGUUCAAGGUGCGGUGAACGUGCCGGGAACCCAUGGAGCAGAACAGCGGGCCGGAGGCUGGGCCGGAGGCGGAGCUGGAGGAGGGGGAGCCCGAGGUGAAGAAGCGGAGACUCCUGUGUGUGGAGUUUGCUUCGGUCGCGAGUUGCGACGCCGCUGUGGCUCAGUGCUACCUGGCGGAGAACGACUGGGAGAUGGAAAGAGCGCUGAACUCCUACUUCGAGCCGACCGUGGAGGAGAGCGCUUCAGAAAGCCGUCCUGAGUCCCCCUCUGAGCCCGAGUCCUGUGUUGACCUAACCAAGGAAGAGACAAAUGAUUCAGUUAGUUCUAAAACCAGCCCAUCUGAAGAUAAAAGUGUUCAGCAAGAAGAUGGCAGCGUAUUCUCUUUCAUUACCUGGAAUAUUGAUGGAUUGGACAUGAACAAUCUGCUAGAGAGGGCUCGAGGGGUGUGUUCAUAUUUAGCUUUGUACAGCCCUGAUGUGAUAUUUCUACAGGAAGUUAUUCCCCCAUAUUAUGCCUACCUAAAGAAGAAAGCAAGUAGUUACGAGAUUAUUACAGGUCAUGAAGAAGGAUAUUUCACAGCUAUAAUGUUGAAGAAAUCGAGAGUGAGGUUUAAAAGCCAAGAAAUUAUUCCUUUUCCAAAUACGCAAAUGAUGAGAAACCUUUUGUGUGUGCAUGUGAGUGUAUCAGGAAAUGAACUUUGCCUUAUGACUUCUCAUUUGGAAAGCACCAGAAGGCAUGCUAAGGAACGAAUGAAUCAGUUGAAAAUGGUUUUAGAGAAAAUGCAAGAGGCUCCAGAAUCAGCUACAGUUAUAUUUGCUGGAGAUACAAAUCUCAGGGAUCAGGAAGUUACCAAAUGUGGUGGUUUACCCAACAACAUUUUGGAUGUCUGGGAGUUUUUGGGCAAACCUAAGCAUUGCCAGUAUACAUGGGAUACACAAAUGAACUCUAAUCUUGGGAUAGCUGCUACUUGUAAGCUUCGUUUUGAUCGAAUAUUUUUUAGAGCCUCGGCAGAAGGUGGCCACAUUAUUCCCCAAAGUUUGGACCUGCUUGGGCUGGAAAAACUGGACUGUGGUAGAUUUCCCAGUGAUCACUGGGGUCUUCUGUGCAACUUAGAUGUAAUAUUGUGAACUUCUUUUCAAAUAUGAGUUUUCAAUGUUUGGAGUGAUUUUGUUCUGUGAUUAUAAUUUCAAUUAUAAUUUCUAUCUGUCCUGGAAAGGUAGUUUAACAAGGAGGAAUUAUAAACUGGAUCAUUGUAACAGAAGGAAAAGCUACUGUGAUUUUACUUUGUGGAUUGUGUCCUCAGAUUUCAGAACUAAAUCUUAAUAUUCAUUUAAACUAAAGCAUACCUGUGUUGAAAACGUGAGGCCUCUUAAUGCAAGGCCACAAUGGCUACCAGAGCUUUUAAUAGUGCUCGUAGCUGCUGGCUGGAUUUCAAGCAGGGCCACAUUUUGUCUGUGGACUAGCCUUUAUAUUAGAUUUAUUUUUUAAAUCAGGUACCAAAAUAGUUAUAUUUUAAAUAAGUCUUCAAAAAAAAGAAAAAACGGGUUACAGAGUCCUUGGGAUUGGAUCUUUUAAUACUAUUUCAUAAAUCCAAAUAAUUUGAUAGUUAUCAUCCAUCAGAUUUUUGGUCAGUUAACAGUACCUAAUUGGUAAGCUAGAAAUGAACUCAUGAUUUAAAAUUCCUUAACUUAAAAAAAUUUGUGUUUGUAGUUACGUUGCCGAACAGAGGCGAAGUCAGGCUUGAUAAUGAUUAAAGUCAGUUUUCCAGAGGCAUUGGGCUUUUUUUCUAAGAGAAAAAUAUGUAAAGAGAAAUAGCCAUUUAGUUUUACUGCUUGUAAAACUGAAUUUUUUUCAGGAGGUGAAUAAGGAACACUUCUACAUGUGCUUUAAGGAAACAUGUUUUUUUUCUUCCCCAAGAGAAUAUACUUUAAAUAAAGAAUUUUGCUUGUU